AUGGGUGACGAGAAUGAACACUCAGUCGAAGAACUUAAAAGGAUUCGCAGUUCCGCGAAAGCAAAUGUGACGCGUAAGAUAAAUAGGCUUAACGAACUUAUGUCUAGCAACAAUAUUCAAGCCGUGGAAGAGACAAAAAACGACCUUUUCGAAACUGUGAACGAAUUUCAACUCGCGCAUAAAGCUUAUCACGAAAGGCUCGAUAAUGAAGAGGAGAAAUCGAACUCGUCUCAGUAUUGCGCAGUCGUGUUAGAAGAAGCGGAAAAACAUAAAACAAAGGUACAUCUUUGGCUAAGCGAACAUCAGAAGAAUGAUAUAACGGCCGAUAUCCGUCCUGAAGAUUCGAUUAGUAACGUCAGCUCCUUGCGGUCAAAAAGAUCCAAGACGAGCUCGGUGAGAAGUUCAGCAAGCGCUAAGGCCAGAGCUGCAGCGAAAAAGGCAGCGUUAGAAGCUAAAGCAGCGUCACUUCAAACGUUGCAUGAACUCCAGUUUGAGGAAUUGAAACUUCAACAAAGAAAAGCGGAAGUAGAGCUUCGCGCCGAAAUAGCUGUUGCAGAGGCUGGACGAAAGGUAUACGAAGAGAGUGAAGUCGAAGAAAUGUAUAGUCAAGUAAAUAAGAGUUCUGGUUUGCAUGAACAUUCGCAAAAAAUGAGUUAUGUUUCCACGAGUAGUCCUGCUAUAGGAUCGAGUAAACGUCACGAUCAACCAAAUAUUCACAAUGUACCAUCGAAUAGUCAGUUAGAAAACCCUAUUCCUAGUAAAGUGCCUCUUAAUCAUAAAGAAUGGAACGACGACAAGCCGGUUGAAAACGAUCAGAGCACAAAUAAUCAACACGAAAAUUUUCGAGACGAGUCAUUUCAAAUGCUAAUGGAAACACAAGAUCGUCAAAAUACCGCGCUACGGCAGUUGAUUGAACAGCAACAACAAGGAGUUAUGGCAUUAACACUACCCCAGCCCAUGAUGCAGAUCUUUGAUGGCGACCCGAUUAGCUACUGUGAUUUCAUUCGUGCCUUCGAGCAUCUUGUGGAAAGCAAAACCAUCAAUCCAAGUGCGCGAUUGUACUAUCUUGUACAAUACAUCUCGGGCCACGUACAAGAACUGAUGAAGAGCUGUCUUACCAUGAAAUCCAGUGAAGGAUACGUCGAAGCAAUGCGGCUUUUAAAGGAAAGAUAUGGUCAAAACUAUCAAAUUGCUUCUGCUCACGUAAAUCGUUUGAUCAAUGGCCCUGUCAUAAAAUCCGACGAUGGUGUUGAGCUCCAGAGAUUUUCCAUCCAGUUAACGAGUUGUGCUAACAUGUUGAAGGAGAUCGGGUGUAUCGGGAAACUCGACAACUCAGAGAACUUGAAAAGAAUCAUCAACCGUCUUCCCACCGCAAUGCGCUACAAAUGGCGAGAUGUAGUUGACAGAACAGUGGAACAAGAAAAGAGAGACAUAACAAUCAACGAUGUGACGAAGUUCGUAACAAGUCGAGCGAGAGCUGCAAAUCAUCCUGUUUUUGGAAAAGUAGACAAGGAAAGAAAGGAAAAGAUUGAUCCUCACCAAAGACGACCGCAUCCACCAGGAAUCAGAGCAAAUGGAUUUGCUACUCACGGCGAAGAGGACAACCGAGAAGGAGCAACGAAACGAAAGGCAUGUCCAUCGUGCAAACAGAACCACUGGCUUUCACGUUGUGAAAGGUUCCGUAAACAGUCGUUAGAAGACAGAAAGAGGUUUGUAAAGGACGAGAAGUUAUGCAAUAACUGCCUACUUCCUGGACAUUAUGUUCGCUCCUGCACGAAGCAAAGUUUUUGUAAGGUUCCAGAAUGCACUGGAAAGCACUCGACCUUUCUUCAUCCGAAGAGCAACAAAGACAGCAAGAAUUCUAAUCAACAAAACGAGGAAGAAUGCAAAGAAUCAGAAGAGGAUUCAAAGUCAGCCCAUACAGCUUAUGUCAAAAUGUCCGUAAAGCCCAAUGUCUCAACACGCAGUUCAACAGCUACAGCACUGGCUAUUGUCCCGGUUCAAGUGAAAGCGAAAGGCGGGUCAGCGUGCGUAGAAACUUAUGCAUUCCUCGAUUCAGGAUCGAACACUUCGUUCUGUACUGAAACCUUGCUGAAGCAACUCAACGUAAGUGGAAACACAACAAAUCUUUCGUUGACAACAAUGCAGGGAGAAAAUAUACCUGUUCAAUGUUCCUUAGUAAGCCUCGAAGUUUCCGACCUUAACGCUGUAAACCACGUCGACCUACCAGUGGUGUAUUCAAGACCAUCUCUGCCUAUUUCGCCCGACGCAAUUGGCAAGGAAGAAGAUGUUCAACAUUGGCCACAUUUGAAAGAUAUACCCUUGCUGGAAAUUGAUGCCGAGAUUGGUCUCCUCAUCGGCAGCGACGUACCAGAAGCCUUACAGCCCAUUGAAGUGCGCCCAAGCGAGAAUGGUGGUCCAUUUGCAACUAGAACGGUCUUUGGAUGGGUACUAAACGGUCCUCUUGGAGGAAGCAAAUCAAAGAUUCCAACCACCAACUUUGUGCAAUCGACCGAUGUAUUAGAAAGCCAGUUCUACGACUACUGCAACCGCGAGUUUAACGAUUCAAACUACGAAGUAGAACCGUCAAUGUCCCAGAACGAUAAAAAGGCCUUGAAAAUUAUGGAAGAUUCCAUCAAGUUAGACAAUGGACAUUACGUAAUCGCGCUACCCUGGAAAAAUUAUCCACCGCAACUACAAAACAACCGAUCCCUAGCUGAACAACGACUAAGUUCACUCAAACGGCGUCUCCAACGAGAACCUAUCGUGCACGAGAAGUACACGGCGUUUAUGAACGACCUCCUGAACAAGGAUUAUGCAAGGAAGGUGAAUCACGAAGCUCAAGAUCCGUCUAAAAUCCUUUGGUACCUUCCCCAUCACCCAGUGUUGAAUCCCCACAAACCCGAGAAGGUGAGACUAGUCUUCGAUUGCUCUGCUAAAUACGGUAAUACGUCACUCAACGACCAACUGCUACAGGGGCCGGAUAUGACCAGUACUUUAGUCGGCGUACUCACGAGAUUCAGAGAGGAAAGAGUGUCAAUGACGUCAGAUAUUGAGUCCAUGUUCUACCAAGUUCUUGUAAAACCAAGUGACUGUAGCACAUUAAGAUUCCUGUGGUGGCCAAAUGGAAGGCUCGAUGAACCUGUUGAAGAGUACGAAAUGCAAGUGCAUCUGUUUGGCGGAACAUCAUCACCAAGUUGUUCAAAUUUUGCUCUGAGACGAACAGCAGAAGACAACAAGUCAGAGUUCGAUCCGCAAACCAUUGAAACAGUCAAGAGGAAUUUCUAUGUUGACGACUGUCUCAAGUCGGUGAAGUCCGAUGAAGAAGCAGUGAGAAGGGCAAGUCAGCUACGCGAGUUGUUGUCGAGAGGUGGUUUCAGAUUAACCAAGUGGAACUCGACGUCACAAAAACUCAUCAAGUCUUUACCAGAGUCAGAAAGAGCCGAGAAAAUCAAGGAUCUCGACUUUGACAAGCUGUCCAUCGAAAGAGUACUGGGAGUCCAGUGGAACGUCUCAACCGACCAGUUUGGUUUCAGUAUCGUCAUCAAGGUUCGCCCCCUGACUAGAAGAGGAAUACUAUCUGUAGUAAGUUCGGUGUUUGAUCCGUUGGGAUUCGCGGCACCAUUCAUCCUUCAAGCAAAGCAAAUUCUGCAAGAAUUAUGCCGAUUGAAGCUCGACUGGGACGAAACCAUUCCCGAGAAGUUUCAAGAUCGUUGGCAAUCAUGGCUACGAGAUCUACCAAAUUUAGAAGAGUUAACAAUGGAUCGUUGCUUCAAACCUAACAAUGAAGAAAUUGCGUCAACUCAACUGCAUCACUUCGCAGACGCUUCUCAAGAAGGUUACGGAGCAGUUACGUACCUGAGAAUCGAGAACAAUCAAGGAGAAGUCAAGUGUUCGUUUGUCAUGGGAAAAUCUCGCCUCGCGCCAAUCAAGUCGGUGACAAUUCCUCGUAUGGAACUAUCUGCAGCGGUCACGGCGGUUAAGUUAAACAAGAUGUGUCAAGCAGAAUUAAGCUUACCAGUUGACGAAACGCUGUUUUGGACAGAUAGUACCUGCGUACUCAAAUACUUGGAGAAUGAAGAAAAACGUUUUCAGACCUUUGUUGCGAACCGCAUCAGCGUGAUACGAGAGUCUUCCUCUUUGGAACAGUGGCACUAUGUCAGAACCGAUGACAAUCCUGCGGACGAUGCAUCUAGAGGAGUUUCGGCUGCUCAACUACAUCGCUGGAUACAUGGCCCAACGUUUUUGCAGCAACCCAUUAGUACUUGGCCACAACGACCAGCAGAUAUCAAUCUGAAAAUCGCGCCAGAUGAUCCAGAAGUCAAGAAAGAAUCAGCAGCUUUCGCGUGUGGAACCAUUGGUCCUGAUCUCCUUACCACUGUUAUACCAAGAUGUUCGUCUUGGAGCCGCCUGAGAAGAAUUGUCGCUUGGGUUUUGAGAUUCACGUCGAACCUGCUACGUCGUGUUCGAGAAAAAGAGAGUGUUAGAAGGGCUACGCAAACAACGACGAUCGCCCCAAUAACCGUCUCCGAAUUGCGUGAAGCUGAGAAGCAAAUCAUUAAGCACGUUCAACAAGUAGCCUUCUUAGAAGAAACUAGCAUAUUGGCGAAGAAAGAAAGCGAGGAAUCAAAUUGCAAGGGGAUAAAGAAAUCAAGCGCUAUUUAUCAACUAGAUCCCACCGUCAAAGACGGCCUGUUACGUGUUGGUGGACGACUACGACGAGCCGAGAUCAGCGAAGAAGCAAAACAUCCCUGUAUUCUGCCAAAAACCCACCACGUUGUCACCUUAAUCGUGAAUUAUUACCAUCAUGUCUCCGGACAUUCAGGCCUGGAGCACACAUUGUCUCUCAUCAGAGAGAGAUACUGGAUAAUCAAUGGAAGGUCAACGGUCAAGAAUAUCAUCGGAAAAUGCCACAGCUGCCGAAAACGUCAAUCCCCAGUGUCUCAACAAAAGAUGGCUGACCUUCCACGCGACAGAGUUACCCCUUCGAAGCCGCCGUUCACUUAUACCGGAGUUGAUUGCUUCGGACCCUUUGCAGUGAAACGAGGAAGAUCUACCGUUAAGCGAUACGGCGUCCUUUUCACCUGCCUCACUGUUCGCGCAAUCCACAUCGAAGUAGCCUCCUCUUUAGAUACGGAAUCCUUUAUCAACGCUCUCAGACGCUUCGUUGCAAGAAGAGGUCAGCCCGAAGAAAUGCGAUCAGACAAUGGGGGGAACUUCGUAAAGGGCGAGAAAGAACUCAGGCAAGCGGUGAAUGAUUGGAAUCAAACUCAGAUACAUGAAGCCCUCCUGCAACAAAACGUUAAGUGGACCUUCAAUCCGCCGGCCGGCUCUCAUCACGGUGGCGUAUGGGAGAAGUGCAUACGGACAGUCAGAAAGGUUAUCCUGGCAACUCUGAAAGAGCAGCAGCUGGACGAAGAAUCCCUCAACACCCUUAUGUGUGAAGUCGAGUCUGUGGAUCGAGUGUCCCACCCGGUGUUUUCUGUAAGCAAGAUGGCUGUGGCAGAAGGAGGUGGCGUCAGGUGCAAUAUAUGGCAAACGUGUUCUGGCGUCGAUGGUUGA